AUGCUCGAAAUUAUCCUCUUAAUCGGCGCCUUAGCGUACACAAUUGCCUAUGCUUCGGCACGUUUAACCCGGAUCUGUAGCACACGCAUGAAAGUCCCCGUACCAGUGGUAGUCCCAAUCCAAGGUAAGGUGAAGGAAAAGAUUGAUGAGAAUGAAAAUGUCUCAAAAUAUCAAGCUUUGAGAAAUCUACGAGAUCAACACGAAGUUGCUGCUGUUAUGUCAAGAUUGAUUGAUGAAGAUGGUGCAGGAGCUUGGCCUCCGAACGCAAAUCAUGAUUCCUGGCCCAUAGCCCUGAGUCCCUAUAGGGAAGUUUACUUCCAGCUUAUCCCAAUUCUUUCUGCGGCUCCACCUUCACUGGAUGAUGAUGUCAAUAACGAGAGACGCAAAAAGUAUCGAUCUAUUAUGCGCAAGUCGUUGAUGGAAAAGGUUAAUAUUCCGCAGGUUGUAGCCAUCAUGGCUGCAGUGGAAGCAGGAAAUUGGGAUCUCUUUCCGAGAGAUGCAUAUAAUGGCUUUUAUUGCUGCGUUGCAGUUUGUCGUCAUGCAUACAGAUGGGCAACUAUUCCUGUCGUCAAGGUCGCUCAGCUAGAGAAGAUUGUCGAAUUUCCAUCUGAGCUCGACGCUCCCUGGCCAUAUCUCCAGCGAAAUUUCGGUGUGGAUGGCGAUGCAGGAAACAAUACCUCUAAUGUUUUGCUUAACUUCAAUACGAGAGGGGAAAGGAUAUACAGAAUCAAUGUUGGAAUGUCGGACUUGAUAAGAUCAUCCGAGGAAGUUUUCUUCCAAAUGUUCUAUGACCUUGAAGUAGUCGCUUUCCCCAUCUAUCAUGAAAUGGUCCUUUCGAUCCUCGCAUACACCUCCUCUAGCCCAAACACGUGCCUUCCCCACUUCCGUACUAUCAACACUCGUCUACGCGAUCUCUUCCUUGUUUUCUACGAAAACCUUACUAAAUCUCGUGUCUCGCAUUCCGUCUGGCUUUCGUACAUUCAAGGAUUUCAAGGAUGGGGUGUUGGCAAGAUGGUCAAUGGGGAGUAUGUGAAGUACGAUGGGCUUUCUGGAAACCACGUGCUAUUUUUCCAAGCAUUAGAUGCGUUUUUGGGGAUGGAUAGAUAUCUGAGUGAUGAGAACAUGGAGAGAUACAUACCGAUUAGACAAAGGGAGUUAUGUUUGGCACUUAAGAAAUAUAGUUUUGUGAAAGGGUUGGGAGAAAAGGGAUACAGUGAGAUAGAAGAAGAGUUUGCGAAGAUGGUUAAUCAGUUGAAGGUAUUUCGCUCAGCCCAUCGCGCACGCGUAAUGUCCUAUCUCCAAGAACCUGCCCCCGAACGUCUGGUAAUGACAGCUGGUAAAUCCGUUCUUGAAUACUCAAACACGAAAGGCCUGGCAGAUUCUUUGAAGCCGCUAGAUGAUAUGUUAGCAACUAGGUUAAGAGAAACUUCUAACAUUGGAGCUGCUUGUGUCAGAGCUUGA